CCCCGCCCUCCCUCCCUCGCUUAGCGGACUGGUUAGUAUUAAUGUAGUGAUGACGCGACACUGAGGAAGUUUAGCGGUGAUGAAAGAGCACCUGCGGGCACCUGAAAAGACGUCUGCUCGAACUUCUAGCCGUAGGAAAUAAACAAAAUGUCAUGGAUUAAAGUUCUCACCGCUUGCCUUGUGCUCUCCAGCCUGCUGUUCAGCGCCCAGUCAGUGCCUAUUAGUGUAGAUAAAACUAAGGUCAGCGUGCCAGAAGAAAAGGUACAGGAACCGCCUCCAAGUGUGGACACUGGACUGCAUUAUGACCGCUAUCUCAGGGAAGUUAUUGAUUUCCUCGAAAAAGACCAGCAUUUUAGAGAAAAGCUGCACAACACGGACAUGGAGGAUAUAAAGCAAGGAAAACUGGCUAAAGAGCUGGACUUUGUGAGCCACCACGUCAGGACUAAACUCGACGAGUUAAAAAGACAAGAAGUGAGUCGCCUGAGGACGCUGAUCCGAGCCAAGCAGGACAUCGAAGGAGGGAACGGUGUAGUCGUGGACCAUCAGGCUUUACUGAAGCAGUUUGAGUAUCUGAACCACAUGAACCCACACACGUUUGAGGUGGACGAUCUGGACAGACUCAUCAAAUCCGCCACGAAGGAUUUGGAGAAUUACGACAAAGAACGUCACGAGGAGUUCAAGAGGUACGAAAUGAUGAAGGAGCACGAGCGUCGCGAGCACCUGAAGACCCUGGACGAGGAGGGCAGGAAGAAAGAAGAGGAGCAUUACGAAGAGAUGAAGAAGAAGCACGCCGAUCACCCGAAAAUCAAUCAUCCUGGCAGUCAGAAUCAGCUGAAGGAGGUGUGGGAGGAGGCGGACGGUCUCGACCCCGACGAUUUCGACCCCAAAACGUUCUUCAACCUGCACGAUACAAACGGAGACGGCUUCUUCGACGAGCAGGAACUGGAGGCGUUGUUUACUAAAGAGCUGGAGAAGAUCUACGAUCCUGCCAACGAGGAGGACGACAUGGUGGAGAUGGAGGAGGAGCGGUUACGCAUGAGGGAGCACGUCAUGAACGAGGUCGACAUGGACAAGGACCGUCUGGUAUCGUUAGGCGAGUUCUUGAUCGCUACGAAGAAGAAGGAAUUCCUGGAGCCGGACAGCUGGGAGACUCUUGAGCAGAACCAGGCGUACACCGAGGAGGAGAUGCGCGAGUUUGAGGAACAUCUCACCAGGCAGGAGCAGGAUCUGAACCAGAAAACGGCCGAACUGCAGAAGCAGCGAGACGAGCUGGAGAGACAGCAGGAGCAGCUCAACGCACAGAAGAUAGAACUCCAACAAGCAGUAGAGCACAUGGAGCGUCUAAAAAACCAGAAGGUCGAGGCUCCACCUGAAGUUCACGUUGAAGGUAACGAAGUCCCAGAAUCCCCUAAAGACCAUCAGCAGCCUCUAGCCGAACACCAGCCACUUCCUCCAGGACACCAGGAAGCUCCUGCAGCUCAGCAGGAUUUGAGCCACAGUCAGUCUCUGUCUCAGGAUUCCCACCCCAACAUCAUCCAGAACGUCCCACAACUACCGUAGAUGAGAGACGGGUAUCGGAGCUGGACUGUGCAGAACACACACACACACACCACUUCUCCAGGGUCUGGCGGUGAAGCGUAAGCACCACUCACCUCCAUCUACGUCCUCGCGUUUCUGCUGCUCUCAACAGAAGUUUAUUCAAUCAAACAUACGACUCUUUUUAUUUUUUCCAUUUUAUUUGAUAACGCUCCUCAUGCUGGUUUGACUCGCCGUCAAGAGUUGUUUUGCACAUUGUACAGGAAGAGAUUGCAGUAACGGCACGACGUUCCAUCUCAGUCAAUUUUAAUUGGGUUUGUUGUUUUUUUUAAAGUUCACAACUAGGCCAAUUUAAUACAAACAAGCGCCAGAUAUUUCAAUACAUUCAAAACAUUUUAAGAUUUCCCUCUGCUUGGGUGAAGGAUUGUAAAAACAAGCCUUUGUUUUGAAUUAAUUCCCAGCCUUAAUGACCCAAAGGGUAAUAUUCUGUAUUACAAACUUAAAUUCCAGUUCUUGUUUACUCCGUCGCUGUAUUAACGUGCCCGUUUUACCAGGUGCGUCAUUUUCUGCACAGAAUAAUAAUAAAAGAAAUGAAUGUGUCCUCAUUAUAUAUAA